CGUGUUGAUCCAUGACCAAAAGCGAAGAUCCUCGACGGAAGUCGGCAAUGGGCGAAUGAUCCUAGCAGUUUUGCCCAACAUUUUUUUGUGAAACGCAUACUUGGAAUAUCAAACAUUAACCUAAAUUGUACAUAAAAUCCCGACGUAUUUAAUUUUGUUUUAUUUUAUUUAGCAGACUAUUUAUCACAACAUGGCUCUUUUGUCUGGUAUUUGUUUAGUAUGUUAAAUAUUAAAUAUAGUGUCAGACAAGUAAACGAUUCAAAGCAGUACAACUGUGCGGUUUUAAAAUGUCUUCUGAUAGCGAUGAAGAAUUUUACCCCAUUGACUAUUCAGCAUCAGACAUGAUUUAUACAGAUCCCCGUUUAGUUUCCGGCCUGUUGAAGGCAGUGUUGGACGAAGACAUAUGUAGAAUUAAAUGCGUGCUUGCUCAAGGCAGAUCCGUAAAUGUGAAUGAUAACAAUGGUAACACCGCUCUUCAUCUAGCGACGAUAAGAAAUUUGCCAGAAAUUAUAGAUUUUUUACUGUCAGUUGACAAUAUUAAUGUGAAUGCAAGGAAUGUUUGGGGCCAAACGCCCUUAUAUAUAGCAGUAAGGCAGACAUUUUCCGAUAUUGCAGCAAAGCUGAUUCAAGCCAAUGCAAAUGUAAAUUUGCCUAGUUGGGAAGAUGUAACUCCUUUACAUUUGGCUACCGCUAACCCGCAACUAGCUUUAGUUCUAAUAAAAAAUGGUGCACACAUUAAUGCACAAGAUUAUAGUGGCGAAACACCUUUACACGAAGCUGUGUCAAGAGGGCAUCUAGAAACUGUUUGUAUGCUCUUAUAUUUUAACGCGGAUGCAAACAUAACUUGCGAAAAUAACCUAAACCCCUUCAUGAGAUCAUUGCUUAAUGGUCAUCACGGCAUUCAGUCAGUGUUAAUUGAGUACGUUUCAGAUUUUAAUACAACUGCUAUAGACGGUUGGACUACUUUAGAUAUAGCGAUAACUCAUAAUACUCCAUAUCUCGAAGAAAUUAUUCGCAGAGGUGCUGAUAUCAACUAUAAACAUCCGGAAUUAAAUGCUUUUCAAAUGUGCUGCUCCUUACCAAAUGAGAAAAAUUUUCGACUUAUUUGGAAUAAAUUUGAGUAUCAAAAGCUCUCCGAUGAUACAAGUUACUGGGGCAGUAUCGUAAACAUCGACGACAUGAAUAUGGUGCAUGCGUAUGCAUGUAUAAUAAUUGAUACAGGAAAUGUAAAACCGUUUGUUGAAGAGUCAAAAUUCUUACCGGAACUUGGCUUCCUCUACGUUUUAGAACCCGCACAAAAACAAGAUUGGGCAACUACUCUUCCCAAAUUUGUUUAUUUACUAUUAAGCUACGGUGUUAUUCCAAAUAGCACACAUAUGGACACGAUUUUCCAGAAUUUCCCUCAUUGCGAAUUAUUUUACACCAUGUUACAUAUGGAUGUUUCUAUCACAGGGACUUCCAUGACAUUUGCAAGGCUUAUUUAUGAUUGUUCUUUGACAGUGGAUAAAUUCAUUGAAAAGAUCCAAGAGCAAGUAGCAAUUAAAGGGGUUGCGUUUUAUGAGGCAGAACUUAAGCAGCUUGCUAUUCAUCUGAGGCAUCCAAUAUUACAUAAUCUUCUGGGCUUAACUCCACAAAUACCAUCCCUCCUUGAAUUAACAAGAAAUAAAAUUAGAGAAUACUUUUAUAGCCACGGCUUAAAAAGUUCCAAAGAAUUUUACUCUGUCAUUAAUUGGCUACCAGCACCGAAAAUAUGCAAAGAAAUUUUAUCAUUCAAGAGGCCAAUAUAUCUCGAAACCUGGUAAUUGUUAGAUUAUGACACGUUCUGUCUUAUUUGCUUAA